AUGAAUACUGUAGAUUAUGAAAAAUUACUUGCAGCAGAAGUAGCAAAGGUUGCUCUUUUGGAGGCUGAAAAUCAACGUUUAAGAUUAGAGUUGGCAAAGGGAAAUACUCAUCAUUUAAAUGAGGAGAUUAAGAAAUUGGAACAUGCCAACAAAGUAUUGAGUGAUAAGCUGGCAUCAGAGAUUGCAAAGAACACUCAAUUCUCAUCAGAGUCUGCAGCAAACAAGAACGACAACACUGCCUACAGAAAAUCAAUAUUCAGAUCAGUGGCAGUACCAAAGAAGGUCAUCGAGAACGAAAAGUCAAGCUCAAGAACAUACACUGCUUAUUUAGUUGAGGUUGAAACAGAUGAAAGACGUUACCAAUUAUCAAAGAGAUAUAAACAAUUUGUACUAUUAAACACAUUAUUAUGUAGACAGUUUGGUGAGCAUGGAUUGCCAGCAUUCCCAGGCAAGAAGAAUGGACUCUAUUUCUCAUCGGAGGAUCACACCGAGAAGAGAAGAGUGGCACUCCAAGACUACCUCCAAGGACUGAUCUCCGGUGCCGGAACCAGUCAAUCACCAUUUUUACUUCAAUUUUUGAGAGAAGAGGUACCAGAGACAUCAUCGGGAAAGAACCACCAUUAA